AAUAUAAAGGCCCUAUUUUAAUGUUGUUAUACUGUGUAAAUAAUUUUAAAAUGCUCCGAGGUGCCACUGCAAUCGAAUCAGAAAUGAUUUCUCAUGACAGUUGGAGGCAAAUAAUAUAUUUACAUGCACUUUUUUAACCAAAACCAUUAAUUUCUACCUAUGGAUCUAUGCAGGUAGACUUAGGCAGCAAAUUAAGCACUUGCACUGCAGUAUACAAGCGUGGGCAAAGGCGUCAGCCAAGUAAAUAAUAAUAAUAAUAAUAACGUAAUCACUUGUUUGUUUGGGCACUAUUACCCGUGCUUUGCCCCGCCCCUCCCCUCCGUGGGCGGGGCCGCUCCUCUCCAUUUCCGGUCCCGACAUGGCGGCUGGCUCCAGGAAGCGGUGGGUCUGUCUGCAGUGCUGAAGCGUAGCGGGCACUUUAUCACACCGAAGCGAGCGGGACCCGCCGACAGCCUCACCCUGCGUCCAGUCAGCGCGGUUCGCCAAGUGCCAGGACCGGAGAGCGCUUACUUGGAGGUGGAAUAUGGCGGCGACAGCACAGCUCUUCGAGGAACCUUUUGAUGCCGAUGAGUACAUCGAGAGGCUCGCCUGGAGGACCCCUGGAGGGGGCUCCAAAGGGGGGGCGGAAGCUUUUGACCCUAAAAGGUUGCUGGAGGAAUUUAAGAACCACAUUGAAGAGCUGAAGCAGCUGGAUGAGCGCAUCCAGCGACGGGUGGAGAAGCUGGAGCAGCAGUGCAACCGGGAAGCGAAAGAGUUUGCGCGCAAAGUACAGGACUUGCAAAGGAGCAAUCAGGUGGCCUUCCAGCAUUUUCAGGAGCUGGAUGAACACAUCAGCUAUGUGGCAACAAAAGUGUGUCAUCUGGGUGACCAGCUCGAAGGGGUCAACACACCACGGCAAAGAGCAGUGGAGGCACAGCGCAUCAUGACCUACUUCAACGAGUUCCUUGACGGGGAACUGCGCAGUGAUGUGUUCAACAACCCUGACAAGAUUAAGGAGGCUGCUGACAUCAUUCAGAAGCUGCACCUCAUCGCCCAAGAGCUGCCCUUUGACAGGUUUUCUGAUGUGAAGGCUAAGAUAGCCAGCAAGUAUCACGACCUGGAGCGUCAGCUGAUCCAAGAGUUCACUGCUGCCCAGCGGCGAGGGGACAUCAAACGCAUGCAGGAAGUGGCUGCUGUGCUGCUGCACUUCAAGGGCUAUGCACAUUGUGUGGAUGUCUACAUCAAACAAUGCCAGGAGGGGGCAUAUGGACGGAGUGAUGUCUUUGAAGACACAGCGCUCCUGUGCCAGAGGGUCAAUAAGCAGGUGGGAGAGGUCUUCUGCAGCCCAGAAACGGUCAUGGCGAAACUCAUCCAGAGCAUCUUUGAGAACAAGCUGCAGAGCCAUGUGAAGGACAAACUGGAGGAGACCCGUCGAUCUGACUCGGAGCAGUACCUCAAGAACCUGUUUGACCUCUACACCAGGACAACAACUCUGGCCACCAAGCUGACAGAGUUCAACCUGGGCUCAGACAAGCACACCUUCCUGUCCAAGCUGAUCAAAAACAUCUUCUCCUCCUACCUGGAGAGUUACAUUGACGUAGAGCGGGAGCACCUGCGAGCCCGGAGUGCUAUGAUCCUGCAGCGCUACUAUGACUCCAAAAAUCAUCAGAAGCGUCCUCUGGGCACUGGCAGUAUCCAGGAGCUGAAGGAGAGGAUCCGUCAGCGUACCAACCUGCCACUGGGUCCGAGCAUCGACACUCACGGCGAAACCUUCCUUUCCCAGGAGGUGGUGGUCAACCUUCUUCAGGAGACACGACAUGCCUUUGAGCGCUGCCACAGGCUGUCAGAUCCGUCAGACCUCCCCAAAAAUGCUUUCUCCAUCUUUCUGCUGCUGGUUGAGCACCUGUGUGUUGACCACAUUGACUAUGCCCUAGAGAUUGGCCUGUCAGCAAUUCCCUCUCCAGAUGCCAAGAAUGCCAACCUGUACUUUCUGGAUGUGGUUCAGCAGGCAAACACCAUCUUCCACCUCUUUGAUAAGCAGUUCAAUGACCACCUCAUGCCCCUCAUCAGCUCUUCCCCCAAGUUGACAGAGUGCCUUCACAAGAAGAAGGAGGUAAUUGAACAAAUGGAGGUGAAGCUGGACACAGGCAUUGACAGGACUCUGAACUGUAUGAUUGGCCAGAUGAAGCACAUUCUGAGCACAGAGCAGAAGAAGACGGACUUCAAGCCAGAGGACGAGAACAAUGUCAUGAUUCAGUACACGAAUGCCUGCUCCAAGGUGUGCGCCUAUGUAAGCAAGCAGGUGGAGCGCGUGCGCAAGUCAAUGGAUGGGAAGAAUGUGGACACGGUGCUAACGGAGCUGGGCGUGCGCUUCCACCGACUCAUCCAUGAACACCUGCAGCAGUUCAGCUACAGCUCCAUGGGCGGGAUGCUGGCCAUCUGCGAUGUUGCCGAAUACCGCCGUUGUGCCAAGGACUUCCGAGUUCCUCUGGUACUGCAGCUCUUUGACACGCUCCAUGCCCUAUGUAACCUCCUGGUGGUUGCACCAGACAACCUGAAGCAAGUGUGCUCUGGGGAGCAGCUCACGAACCUGGACCGCAAUCUCCUGCACGCCUUUGUCCAGCUAAGGGCCGACUAUCGCUCCUCUAGACUGGGCCGCCACUUCAGCUAGUGCCAGAUACGAGCCGCCAACAAGACCACCAUCUGAUCAUAUGACCCAACCCAUGCCCCCAGUUAACUAUAACUAUUACAGCUUACUCACUCUGAACUAGUCACGGUCAGUGGGUGACCACUGCCAGAGGCCUGGAGGGAUCCCGCAUUCCCAGACUUCACACUCCACCUUGCUCCAUCUCCACUUUCAGUAGAAAUGACAAAACUCCUGGGCUGUCUCUGAAAUGCAAGGGAAAACAGGAGGUCACUGGCAAAGAUACAUGAGCUAGAAGGGACCAUCAUUGACAGGACAGAACAGUACUUCUCACUUUUUUUUAUUGGGUCUUUUUCAACAGUGAAUUUUUUUUUUUUUUUUUAAAAAGAGAGAGAGGCUUACACACUAGACAAUUGUUUGUUCUUUUCUGGUUAUUUUUAAAUGGCCAUAGUUGUAUUAGACAGAAUGUCUGAGCAGAAUGUCUAAGCAAUUUAAAUGUUAGUAAUUUGCUUUGGUUUUUUUAUAUUGUGCCAAAUAAUAGUUCAGUGCUACAAUGAUAAAAGGGAACGUAAGGGAUGAGGAGCUGUUACGAGGCAAGCUUAGUGUAGGUUGCCAGUGUAUUGCAUUCUGGGAAUGGCUGGCCAUCUGUAACACGGAGCAGUCAGUGGCUGUCCUCCUGUGGGACCUGAACCAGCAACAGCUGUGGGCACAACAGACCUGCUCAGCCAUUGUACCUACCAGAGUGGUGUGUGCUCAGAGCCCUGCCCUUUGCUGAGUGGAGGCCGCUGGUCAAGACAAGGGCACCUGCCUCUGGCCUAACCUGGAAGGUCCAGUAGGUCAGCAAAGACUUUGAGUAUCGAGGAAGAAUUUAAAAACGGAUAAGCUCAAACUGGACGUGUUUAAUACUUUAUAGGUGUAUCCCUGGUCUUCCUUACCUUAAUACAAUACUUACACUAAUAGUU